UCAAAGCAAUUUAAUCUUUAUCAAAUGAAGCAGUGGACUUUGAAAUCAAAGAUUCAAAUGGCCCACAUAAUAACUUCCAGAAAUCACUUUUUAAAUACUAGAGAGAGAGAAGAUGGAAAUGGCGGUGGAGAUAAUUUCUCCCUUCGCCGAGAUGGCAGAUACAGAUUGGCCCAGCAGGACUAGCAGACUGAGAGUGAGCAAUGAUUUCUUUCGCUUUCUCUUGCUCGCGGUCUCUCCACCUUCCUUUGAACUUUCCACCCUCUCCUUCCAUUCUCGCUUCUCCCUCGCCUAUAAAUCCCAAACCACAAAUGGCAACUCCAUUCUCAAUAUCUCAUUCUCAAUAUCUUCUGAGAUUCCCCAUUUCUUCUUUGAAUUAUUUGAAUUUCUCUUCACAAAAAUCCCUUUAAUCUUGCUAGCAUUAACUUUCUUCUUCAAUCCCAUUUAUUGCUCCCCAUUCUCUCCAAUCCUUUAUAUUUACUAGCUCUUCAUCUCACUUGUCUGUUAAGUGUUCAUACUUCUUUGCGCCAUGGCUCCGGGCUUUACCAAAACCCCUUGUCCCCUCCUCACCGAUCAUCCCAAAAAUGCCUGCAAGCAGUCCUCCGUCUCGCUGGACGGAUCCAACUUCACCGCCGACGGCCAUGUCGUCCUCUCCGGCGUCCCCUCCAACGUGGUCGCCACUCCCUCCGGCGCCGGCUGCUUCGUCGGGUUCGACGCCGACCAGCCCCGCAGCCGCCACGUCUUUCCCGUGGGCAAGCUCAGGGGCAUACGGUUCAUGAGCAUUUUCCGGUUCAAGGUCUGGUGGACCACCCACUGGGUCGGGUCCAACGGCCGGGACCUGGAGCACGAGACUCAGUUGCUCCUCCUCGACAAAUUGGGACAGGGUUCCGGCGCCGACCGGCCGUACGUCCUCGUCCUCCCCAUCGUCGAGGGCCCGUUCCGGGCCUCCCUCCAGCCCGGCGACGACGACUACGUGGACAUCUGCGUCGAGAGCGGGUCGACCAAGGUCGCCGGGGCAGUUUACAGGAGCUCCCUCUACAUUCACGCCGGCGAUGAUCCGUUCACUCUGGUAAGCGACGCAAUGAAGGUAGUGAGGGCCCACCUGGGGACGUUCAGGCUGUUGGAGGAGAAAACUCCUCCGGGGAUUGUGGAUAAGUUCGGUUGGUGCACGUGGGACGCGUUCUACCUGACGGUGCACCCGCAGGGCGUGUGGGAAGGCGUGAGAGGCCUCGUCGAGGGCGGGUGCCCGCCGGGGCUGGUCCUCAUCGACGACGGUUGGCAGUCCAUCAGCCACGAUGAGGACGAUCCAAGCUCCGGCCUGGAGGGGAUGAACCGGACGUCGGCCGGAGAGCAGAUGCCCUGCCGGCUAAUCAAGUUUCAAGAAAAUUAUAAGUUCAGGGACUACGAGAGCUCUCGCGCUCGUGGUAAUGGCAUGGGGGCCUUCGUUGGGGACCUGAAGGAUGAGUUUAAGAGCGUAGAGUACGUGUACGUGUGGCACGCGCUCUGUGGGUACUGGGGCGGACUGCGGCCCAACAUGCCAGGACUGCCGGCGGCCACCGUAGUACGGCCGAAGCUGUCUCCAGGACUGGAGACGACGAUGGAGGAUCUCGCCGUCGAUAAGAUUGUUAACAAUGGGGUGGGGCUGGUGCCGCCGGAGGUCGCUGAUCAGAUGUACGAAGGUGUUCACUCGCGCUUGGAGUCCGUGGGCAUUGAUGGGGUCAAAGUCGACGUGAUUCAUUUGCUGGAGAUGCUGUGUGAGGAGUAUGGGGGCAGAGUAGAACUGGCCAAGGCAUAUUACAAAGCCAUAACCUCUUCAGUGAGGAAACAUUUCAAAGGGAAUGGUGUCAUUGCCAGUAUGGAGCAUUGCAAUGAUUUUAUGCUUCUUGGAACAGAGGCCAUUUCCCUUGGUCGUGUUGGUGAUGAUUUUUGGUGCACUGAUCCAUCCGGGGACCCUAAUGGCACAUUUUGGUUACAAGGGUGUCACAUGGUGCACUGUGCCUACAAUAGCUUAUGGAUGGGUAACUUCAUACACCCAGAUUGGGACAUGUUCCAAUCCACCCACCCCUGUGCCGAGUUCCACGCCGCCUCCCGGGCAGUCUCCGGUGGACCGAUCUACGUGAGUGACUCUGUUGGAAAACACAACUUCCAGCUCCUCAAAUCCCUCGUUUUACCCGAUGGCACGAUCCUGCGAUGCGAGUACUAUGCUCUUCCGACACGUGACUGCCUCUUUGAAGACCCCCUUCAUGAUGGAAAAACCAUGCUAAAGAUUUGGAACCUAAACAAGUUCACUGGGGUACUAGGGGCAUUCAACUGCCAAGGAGGAGGAUGGUGUCGCGAAACACGGCGCAACCAAUGCUUCUCUGAAUUUUCGCAUCUCGUGACAGCGCAGGCCUCCGCUAAAGACAUUGAAUGGAACAGUGGAAGGAACCCCAUCUCCGUGGAAGGAAUACAAGCAUUUGCCAUUUACUUGUUCAAGGAAAAGAAGCUUGUUCUGUUGAAGCCAUUAGAUAGCAUAGAAGUUUCACUAGAACCAUUUACUUUUGAACUAAUGACGGUUUCUCCAAUUGCUCUUCUACCUGGAAAAUCAGUCCAGUUCGCGCCGAUCGGAUUGGUGAACAUGCUCAACUCCGGUGGUGCAAUUCAGUCUUUAAGCUUCAAUAAGGAAGAGGCUUCUGUGAGAAUUGGGGUGAAGGGAACUGGAGAAAUGAGGGCAUUUGCCUCGCAGAAACCAAGAGCUUGUAAGAUCAAUGGGGAAGAUGCUGUGUUCGUGUAUGAAGAGAGCAUGGUUGUGGUUCAAGUGCCAUGGCCUGCUUCUUCUAAUUUGUCCAUGGUUGAUUACUUGUUUUGAACUCAGGGAGCUGAUUAUUUAUAAGCUUUCCCUGAUUAUGACUAUUUUUCUAGUUCCUUUGGGUUAAAGCUCAUUUUUUUUUUCAAGCACAAGUAUGUGUAUUUAAGUUACAUGUAUUUGAGUAAUUUGAAGUUUCCAUUUGGUUGUUACCA